AUCGCGGUCUGGGUUGUUUCGUGGCUGCUCUUCAAUCCGAUUGGCAUCUCUCUUCUACACCUGCAGCUCGAGGCCAACUGUAGACUCGCACGAGGCAACAACUACCACUAGCCGGACAAUCGUAACCCGGUCUGGCAUCGUCGGGGCUUCAGGUGUCGCAGAGCCGCUGUGGCUGAUACUGAACCCUAUAAGGAAGUGGAGUGGUCACUCAGACCCCCGGCAAGCUGGCUCCUCCCAAAGGCAUCUACACCUCGCGUUCGCCCUUCCGUCGUCCCCUCCUCAUCUCCCUCCUGUGCCUGGUCUUCAUCGUGGCGCUGUACAAUCUAGUGCCCCGCCUACGGCUCCUCGUGGAACAGAUCGCCGUUCCAAAGGCACCCUUCAGCUUCCCCACACGCCCCAUCACCACAUCGACGACAAUGGGCAAGGCAUUCAAGAAGCCGCCUCAGGCGCCACCCGUCUUCACGCAUACUCCGGAGACGGUGAUCGAGCGGACGAAACGCCUGUUGGACGCCAACAAGGCACUGCAGGACAAAAUCGUCAAGGACAUCACACCUGAGACGGCGACGUUCGAGAACGUCGAACUGCCGUUUGCCCAAGAUGAUAACAAUAUGGCGCUGGAGGCACACAUCAUUGGCUUCUACCAGGCAGUUUCCACAGAUGCCAAGCUGAGAGAUGCAUCAACGGAGGCCGAGAAGCUGAUGGACGAGUUCAGCAUCGAGUCGUCGAUGCGCGAGGAUAUCUUCAAGCUUGUCGAUGCUGCGUUCAAGAAGCAAAAGGACGACCAGAAGUUGGACGCUGAGAGCAGACGGUUGCUGGAGAAAGAUCACAAGGGCUACAUUCGAAUGGGUCUGGGCAUUCCUGCUGGGCCUGAUAGAGAUCGUUUCAAGGAGAUCAAGAAGAGGCUGUCUGAGCUCUCGAUCACAUUUCAGAAGAACCUCAACGAGGAGAAGGGCGGACUGUGGUUGACACCAGAAGAGCUAGACGGCGUACCUGAGGAUGUCACAAGCGGAUUGCAGAAGGGCAAGGAAGGCACACCGAGUGAGGGCAAGCUAUGGCUGACAUUCAAGUACCCCGACCUUUUCCCGACGCUGAAGUAUGCGAAGAACGAGGCAACGCGGCGCAAGGUAUUCGUUGCCAAUGAAAACAAAUGUCCGGAGAACAUUGAGCUGUUCAAGGAGGCUAUCGUGCUCAGAGAUGAGAGUGCCCGUCUGCUCGGCUACCCCAACCAUGCUACCUUCCGCAUUGAGGAUAAGAUGGCCAAGACGCCAAAGACUGUCGACGACUUUCUUGGUGACCUGCGCGAAAGACUCGCACCUGGUGGCCUGAAGGAGAUUGAGAAGCUCAAGGAGCUCAAGAAGAAGCAAGGUGCUGAUGGCGACAACUACUAUCUGUGGGACCACCGAUUCUACGAUACUCUCAUGCUUGAACGCGACUACCAGCUCGAUCAGAACCGCAUUUCUGAGUACUUCCCUAUUCAGACAUCCAUCAGUGGCAUGCUGAACAUCUUCGAAGAGAUCUUCGGACUGCACUUUGUCGAAGUACAAGGCGAGCAUCGCGACCAGAUUUCAGAGACGGGGAAGGGCGAUGAUAUCGUUUGGCACCCCGACGUCCAAGUCUUCUCUGUCUGGGAUGAUGAGAGUGAAGGCGGCGGCUUCGUUGGCUAUUUGUAUCUUGACCUCUUCCCACGUGAAGGCAAAUAUGGUCACGCGGCAAACUUUAACAUCCAGCCAGGCUUCAUGACUGAGAACGGCACACGACGCUAUCCUGCUACUGCUCUUGUUUGCAACUUCAGCAAGCCAACACCGAAGAAGCCUUCCCUGCUUAAGCAUGACGAGGUUGUCACACUCUUCCACGAAUUAGGGCACGGCAUUCACGAUCUUGUUUCCAAGACGACGUACAGCCGUUUCCACGGUACUUCCACUGUCCGAGACUUCGUCGAGGCGCCAUCCCAAAUGCUGGAGAACUGGUGCUGGACUCCAUCCCAAAUCAAAUCGCUCUCCAAGCAUUGGUCGCACCUGUCACCGGAAUACGAGGCCGCAUGGAAGGAAACCGGAAAGGAGAAGCCUGCGCAGUCGGAGAUGCCAGACGACCUCAUACAGUCCAUCAUCAGCACGCGCCACGUCAACGACGCCCUCUUUAAUUUGCGCCAGCUGCACUUUGGCAUCUUUGACAUGACCGUGCACGAAGCACCUUCACACGACUGGGUCAAGGGCCUCGACGCUUCUGAAACGUACAACAAGUUGCGCAGCGAGAUCAGCAAGCUUGACGGACCAGAGACGCUUGGCGAAGGUUGGCUCUGGGGCCAUGGCCAAGCCACCUUCGGUCAUCUGAUCGGUGGGUACGAUGCUGGAUACUACGGCUAUCUCUCCAGUCAGGUGUACUCAGCAGACAUGUUCUACACGAUCUUCAAGGCUGAUCCAAUGAACGGCAAGGAGGGCAGGCGUUACAGGCACAUGGUGCUCGAAAAGGGUGGAAGUCAAGACGAGAUGCUCACGCUAGAGCAGUUCCUUGGACGACCGCCGAACACUGAGGCAUUCUACAAGGAGCUGGGUCUGUCAUAGAUAUUGCAAGUGCCUCAUUGCACCUUAGCGCUUGCAAUGAUGCUUUGCCGCGCUCAUUACGAGCUGCGGCCUUAUGAAAUGCGACGAAUUGUCCGAUGUUCACGAGUAUCAUAUUUGUUCAUGGCGCAUUAUCAACAUCAGCCGCUCCCGUCAUGUGCGGCGUCUCGUGUCUUAUAUAGUAAGCUGCUUCUAUCGAGUUCUAGAAAAGUGAAUAAGUCGGCAACUUUAAUCCGGAAAUGGAAGAAAGCGCGUGCACAGCCCCCCA